GACAGCUCCAGGCUGACCAUCUACAACGCUGUAGUGGAGGAUGCGGGCAUCUACCGCUGCCAGGCCACCGACGCCCAGGGACAGACGCAGGAGGCCACCAUGGUGCUGGAGAUGUACCAGAAGCUGACGUUCCACGACGUGAGGUCCCCCCAGGAGUUCCGUCACGGCGAGGUGGCAGAGGUGGUGUGUUAUGUCAUCGCCUCUCCGGCGCCCGUGGUCUCUUGGUUCUACCAAAAGGGCUUCAAGAGCAUGGAGAUCACAGAGGAGCACUACAGCAGGUUCCAGGUGCUGCCCAACAACAACCUGCAGAUCCACAAGGUGACCAAGGCGGACGAGGGCGUGUACCGCUGCGAAGCGCGAGUGGAGGCCCGUGGCGAGAUCGACUUUGUCGACAUCGAGGUGGUGGUGAAUGUUCCUCCUGUGCUGUCGGUACUACAGCAGUCAUUCAAUGCCACAGCAGACUACCAGGAGUCAGUGACUUUCACCUGCGUCACAUCGGGAUCCCCCGACCCCGAGGUCACCUGGCACAGGAAGGGCCAGCAGUUGGAGAGGUCGGAUCAGUAUGUCCUCAACACCCUGGAGGGAGGCAGGAGUACCCUGACCAUCCGUAACAUCAUCCAGGGGGACGGGGGCGACUAUACCUGCCGAGCCACCAACAAGGCCGGGGCGGAGGAGAGGGAGCUCUUCCUCAAAGUAUUCGUCCAGCCACACAUUACCCAGCUGCGUAACGUGACGGCGGUAGAGGGCAGCGCCGCCAUGAUCUCCUGCGUGGCCGAGGGGGAGCCGCUGCCUGAGAUCUCCUGGAGGAGAGCCAGCGACGGUCGGAGCUUCGCCGACAGAGACAAGAGCCAGGAUGGGCGUGUGGACGUGCGGGGCCGCCAUGGCAAGUCCAUGUUGACCAUCAGUGGGGUGAAGCUAACUGAUUUGGGCCGUUUUGACUGUGAGGCCCUCAGCAGGAUCGGGGGCCACCAAAAGAGCAUGUUCCUCGAUAUAGAGUACAUGCCCAAGUUCCAGACCAACCAAACCAUAUUUUACUCGUGGGAGGGCAACCCGGUAAACAUCAGCUGUGACGUCAAGUCCAACCCGCCCGCCACCAUGCUAUGGAGGAGAGAACGCCUCACCAUCUCGGCCGAGGGCACUGCCAACACACGCGUCCACACGACCGACGGCAAGUCCUUGCUAGAGGUCACCCCAGUGUCCGAUAGGGAUUUCGGACGCUACAACUGCACGGCCCGGAACAACAUCGGAGCGAAAUACCAGGAGUUCAUCUUGGCCCAGGCAGACGUGCCCUCGAACCCGUACUCGGUGCGCUUGUCAGCCGUGUCGCAGCGCAUCGCCACAGUGACAUUCAUGAAACCCGACUCACAUGGCGGCGUACCCAUUGGCCACUACCUGGUCAACUACAAGGAAGUGGGCUCGCAGGACUGGAGAGACGUCAAGUCACAUGGCAUCCAGAUGAUAGUACUGCUGACAGGCCUAGAGCCCAACACCACCUACGAAGUGCGAGUGGCUGCAGUCAAUGGGAAGGGCCAGGGGGAGUUCAGCCACACAGAGUCCUUCCAGACUCUACCCAUACGUGAGCCCAGCCCCCCGGCGGUGCAUGGCCAGAGAGGGAUGGGCAAGGCCUACCGGCUGGGCCUGGUCAAGCAAGAUGACGGGGGCAUGCCCAUCGUUGAGUACAUUGUCAAGUACAAGACAGACAAGGAGGAGCAGUGGAUGACAAAGCUGGUGUCAGGGCAGCAUGACUUUGCCCUGCUACAGCCGCUGCAGUGGAACACGCGCUACGAGGUGGAGAUCACGGCUCGCAACGUCAAGGGCCUCUCAGAGCCCACCUUCUACCAGUUCUUCAUGCCCCAGAAACCCGACAUCAUAGCAGACUCCCUGUUCAGCGGCCUGGGCCUGGGGCCUGUGGUGGGCCUGGGCCUGGUCGGCCUCCUCCUGGUCCUCGUGGUGGUGGACGUGAGCUGCUACUUCCUGCGCCAGUGCGGCCUGCUCAUGUGCAUCACGCGCAAACUCUGCAGCAAGAAGACGGCCACCAGCGGCAAGAGCAAGGAGAUGGAGGAGGGCAAGGCCGCCUACCUGGGCGAUGGGUCCAAGGAUCCUAUCGUUGAGAUGAGAACGGAAGAGGAGAGAAUAACUAACCACGAUGGGAGCCCAGUGCACGAACCCAACGAGACUACACCUCUCACAGAGCCAGAGUAA